CCAAGAUGGCUGCGGAGAGGGCGGAAGUGUCCGCACGUCGGGCCUCCGAGGCUUCUCUUUCUCCCCUGGCGGUCCCGCUCUCGAUGGUGGCGUGACGGGGGCGGGGGUGGCGACGCGUUCUCCUCGGUUGGGAGGGAACCAGCCCGCGAACCCAGGCCGGGAGGGGGGUUCGGCCUGGGGGGGAAGGGACUGAUAUGUCUCUCGAAGACCCCUUUUUUGUAGUCCGAGGCGAGGUGCAGAAGGCGGUGAACACGGCCCGCGGGCUGUACCAGCGCUGGUGCGAGCUCCUGCAGGAAAGCGCGGCGGUCGGACGCGAGGAGCUGGACUGGACGACCAAUGAGCUGCGGAAUGGCCUGCGCAGCAUCGAGUGGGACCUCGAGGACCUGGAAGAGACCAUCGGUAUAGUGGAAGCCAACCCAGGCAAGUUCAAGCUCCCAGCCGGGGACCUGCAGGAGAGAAAGGUGUUCGUGGAGCGGAUGCGAGAGGCAGUCCAGGAAAUGAAGGACCAUAUGGUCAGCCCAACAGCCGUAGCAUUUUUGGAGAGGAAUAACAGAGAGAUACUCGCAGGCAAGCCAGCUGCCCAGAAGUCACCCAGCGACCUGCUGGAUGCCAGCGCAGUCUCGGCCACAUCUCGCUACAUCGAGGAGCAGCAGGCCACACAGCAGCUGAUCAUGGAUGAACAGGAUCAACAGCUGGAGAUGGUGUCUGGGAGCAUCCAGGUUCUGAAGCACAUGUCCGGCCGCGUUGGGGAAGAGCUGGACGAGCAGGCAUGCUGGAUGCCUUCGCCCAAGAGAUGGACCACACCCAGUCCCGCAUGGACGGGGUCCUCAGGAAGUUGGCCAAAGUAUCCCACAUGACGAGUGGUGAGUCCCCUCAGGGGAGGGGUCAGUCCUGGUGGGGGCAGGUUGUAGGUGGUACCCUCUCCCCGUGACCCCUGACCUUCUCGUUCCCAGACCGCCGACAGUGGUGUGCCAUCGCCGUGCUAGUGGGGGUGCUUCUCCUCGUUCUCAUCUUACUAUUCUCUCUCUGACCCCAGCCCUCCCUGGCAGGCUGGUCCCUUAAGCCUGGGGAGCCACCAAGCACUUUGGAGCUGGCCUCGCCCCCUAGGAGGAGAGGGUCCCUCCUGGGUAGCUGGAGAGUAGAGGGUCCCGCCUGGGGAGCUGUCCCCAUGGCUCUCCCCUAGAGCCAGUGGGACCCUUCAGGACCCUGGGCUGGAACCACCACCACUGGUCCUGUCUCAAGUGCACUUAGGGGGUGGUGGAGGCAGGGACACCUGAGACACACCUGUCUCCAUUUCCAGUUCCAGGACUCCAAAGCCAUUUGCCCCUGUGCCUUAUACACGUGCCAACCUGGAAAUAAAAUGUCAGCCUUUUUUAUACGUA